UGUAGAGGGCGGGACGCUGUCUUCCUCCAUUGAACGUUACCACGUACUUACGGCGGCGGGGAGGGUGUGGACGUCCCGCAGCAUUCAAUCUACUGGAGACAACAUAACGCUGCUAAUAACUACUAACCGCAUUACACCGCAACAGGCGAAUACACCCGGGUUGCUGGAGUGCUGUUGAGCUUCUGUGAUUGUGUCCCUCAUUAUCCUAGAUGAUGGACUGAUGCUGGUCAGGACCCUACUGAACACCUCAGGGCGCCUCUCUCAUCUUUCGCAGAUCAAUUUUUCACCUACUCCCACGGGAGCACCUUAAGACAAGGAGAAGACAUUAGCCAAAAUGGAUGAUAUCUUCACGCAAUGCCGAGAAGGCAAUGCAGUGGCAGUUCGCUUAUGGUUGGACAAUACAGAGAAUGACCUCAAUCAAGGAGAUGACCACGGCUUCAGCCCUCUCCACUGGGCAUGCAGGGAGGGCCGCUCCAGCGUGGUGGACAUGCUCAUCAUGAGAGGGGCUCGCAUUAACGUCAUGAAUCGGGGGGACGACACGCCUCUGCACCUGGCCUCCAGUCAUGGACAUCGUGACAUCGUGGGAAAGCUGAUCCAGUGCAAAGCAGACAUUAAUUCAGCCAAUGAACACGGGAACACACCGCUGCAUUACGCCUGCUUCUGGGGCCAAGACCAAGUGGCUGAUGACCUCCUGACUAAUGGGGCUCAGGUGAGCAUCUGUAACAAAUAUGGGGAAACUCCCCUGGACAAAGCCAAACCACACCUGAGUGAACUCCUCAGAGAAAAAGCUGAUAAAAGUGGACAGAAUUUGACUAAAAUUCCCUUCAAAGACACGUUCUGGAAAGGCACCACCAGGACUCGACCCCGCAACGGCACUUUGAACAAACACGCAGGCAUUGAUUACAAACAGCUUUCUCUGCUGGCUAAAGUAAACGAGAACCAGUCUGGAGAGCUGUGGCAAGGACGCUGGCAAGGGAAUGAGGUUGUUGUUAAGGUGCUCAAAGUUCGUGACUGGACCACAAGGAAAAGCAGAGACUUCAAUGAGGAAUAUCCCAAACUCAGGAUAUUUUCCCACCCGAAUGUCCUACCUAUGUUGGGAGCAUGUCAGUCUCCUCCCGCCCCUCACCCCAUCAUCAUCACACACUGGAUGCCUUAUGGCUCCCUCUACAACGUGCUGCAUGAAGGCACCAACUUUGUGGUGGACCAGACGCAGGCGGUGAAGUUUGCGCUGGACAUUGCUUGUGGAAUGGCCUUCUUGCACACACUUGAACCCAUGAUCCCUCGCCACUAUCUCAACAGCAAGAGUGUUAUGAUAGAUGAAGACAUGACAGCCAGGAUCAGCAUGGCAGAUGUCAAGUUCUCCUUCCAGUGUCCUGGCAGGAUGUACUCGCCUGCAUGGGUAGCCCCCGAGGCCCUGCAGAAGAAGCCAGAAGAGAUCAACCGUCGGUCAGCAGACAUGUGGAGCUUUGCCAUCCUGCUGUGGGAGUUGGUGACCAGAGAAGUGCCGUAUGCUGACCUCUCCAACAUGGAAAUUGGCAUGAAGGUUGCCUUGGAGGGUUUGAGGCCCACUAUCCCCCCUGGCAUUUCGCCCCACAUUUGCAAGCUCAUGAAGAUAUGCAUGAACGAGGAUCCAGCAAAGAGGCCCAAAUUUGACAUGAUUGUGCCAAUUCUGGAGAAAAUGCAGGACAAGUGAAAAACCUCCCCUGCCCUCUUGUACUGAACCGUUGAAUUAGAGGAUAUAUUGCCUCAAAUAUCUCUCUGAAAUGGUGGUGUGGUGCUUACCAGUAUUGCCUUAAACCCUUACUCUAGCGAUGCAUUCAACAGCACUGUAGCUUCUGCUUCUGAGAUGAAUGCAGCCGCAGUCACGUCUUUUACGUCGUCUUUUUCUUUUUUCAAUGUGAUAUCAAGCUUUUUUUUUUAUUGUCUUCAUCUUUGUCACUGAACCGCUGAUGCUGUCUUCGCAGGAGCUUAAUAUUGACUGUUCAUCUUCUAAACUAUAAUCAUGUGGACUGAGUACAAUCUUCUUCUACACUGAAUAACCUGUGGAGGUCAGCCUGACAGCCUGCUGCAGUGCUUCAGUGGAUUUAAGGCCUUAGUUUUCUUAUUGGGAGUGGGCUCACUAUAAAAAAAAAACAAAGAGUCACCGUGUAAGGAAACUGCUCCUCUAUAAUAGUGGCUCUUAACGAAUAACAUAUUGUGGGAAAACUGUGUUGUGUUGGCAAAAAACUGUAUGCAACUGGGCAAGCAUGACAAGUGUCUGAAACCAAGCAUUUAAACAACAUGUAAGAUUAAAGAAAUGUAUAUGAAUGAGUGGUGCCUGUGAAAGUACUUAGCAGUGUUGUACCUUUCAGCUUGGCUGUGUUGUGACGUGUACAGCUUGACCUUCUGACAAUGAUGUAACUGACUGGCCAUACAAACUUUAUUUUCAGUGCCGAAAAAAUGUCAGUGUUGAUCAAUGCAAUAUUUUGAAGAUUACUUUCAAAAUGCAUUGCACGAUUGCUGAUUCUCGUUAAUUGCAACAACGCAACAUAAUUAACUAUAUUAUUUAAUAUCAUCUACUUUAUUUUCAUUAUGUUCCCUUCAAAAUCUUAAUGUUACAAUCAAAUACUUGUAAACUGUACUUUUCAACAAAGAGUAUAAUCUCCUUUUCAAGAUGUCUAAAAGUGUUUGCGCUUAACUCAAGUGUUAUUUUCAUGUUGAAUACUGGCAAUCUAUGUAAUCCAGUGUCAGGAAUGAAUACUGUAACCCAGACUGUAAUUUAUUCAUAGAUAUCAUUGGUACAGUUAUCAUUUGUUGUUUUGUUGUUGAGCAUGGGGACUGCCAUUCCUCCCAAUUUGAUAGCUACAUCAGUACCUGCCAACAGAAGGUGUCUGGGACAUUGAGGGGUGGUGUUAACAUCCUGUAAACUGUCAAGUUGUUUUCUCACUUGUUACUAUUGCUUUGGUCCUCUAUUACUUCUGACUAUAUCAAUCUCAUGGGUUGUUUCUUCUACCUGCAUUGUCUCUGUGCCUCCACCAGCUUGCUUGUUUGUGCUGAAUCACAGGUUGAAGCCAAAAUCAAGAAUGACUUAUACAAAUGUAUGUAUUUAUAAAAGUAUUAAGUAUAUUAAAAAGGAAAAAUAUGGGCAACUUGAA